UGCUUUCCGCAGUAACGGUCGCAUUUGUGCUCAGCGUUAAAAACGAUAAAAUACAACACUGCAAGGUUUAGUUGACACAUUUUUAGACUCUAGACACGCCUUUGUGGUGUUUUAAGUACUGUUUGUGUUUAUGGCAGGUGUUUGAAUGGAGGAGCAGACCGUAAACCAACUUGACAACCUGCUGCUUCAGUUAGGUAUAGAAACGCAAGAACUUGCUCAGAGGAAGGAUGACAUCAAACACCAAAUACAAAUUUUAGAGUCCAGCAUUCAGGAGAAGAAAGAUUAUAUUGACACAACCCAGAAGACCAUCAAAAAACUUGAUGAAGAAAUUAAUCAGAAACAGGACACUGUAAAGUUCAUCAAAGAAAACACGAAAAAUCUCCAGCAAACAGGAAAUCUCAUGCUUCAAUAUGAGAAGACACUGGAAUCUGAGCUGGAGAAGAGACAGGACAGCUAUAAUCAAGACAUGAAAAUAUUCCAGGAGAGAAUGGAAAGCUACAGGGAUGUGUUUCAGCAGUAUAAGGACAGUUACUGUCUUAACCCAGAGGCUCAGAAACUACUUCAGAUUCAAGCAGAGAAUGAAAAGAUCGAGAAGAGAAUCAGGGAAACUGAGAGCCAAAUAGUGGAGAAAGAGAGAGAGCUAACAGCUGCACUCGGUGUGAAUGACCCUAUUGUCUCUACUUCUGAUGGUGCUGACAGUAACCACAGCAAUAGUAAGUGUCCAGAAUCUGAAACCUUACAAACUGACAAUAAUGAGUCAUUGGGGGAACUGGAUUGUCACCAAGACCCUGAAAUGCAGAGGCCUGCAGAAGAAACAGAUGAUCGUGGAAUGAUUGCCGAAGAAUUUUCUGAAGAGAAAGAUCGACAAGACAUGAGUGAAUCCGACACUGAGAUGUUUAACUACACCUCAUGGCCAAAGUCAGACAGCGUAGAAGAUCAAAUCAAUCAAGAAGGCGAUCAGAAACAAUCAGAGAAGGGAAAUGAGCCGGAGGAGAAUAUGAAGAGUUCAUGUGUGGAGACAUUAGAAGGGAAUGAUGAAGAGGAUGUAGGGAAGAGCAAAGUGGGUGCUAUGGAGGAAACAGCUAGUAAGGGAGUCAUCUGUCCACCUCCUUCACCAGCCAGAAUGAAAGCUCUGCUGCCAACCCCAACCUUCUCCAUAAAUAACAGUCCCUACUGCUCACCUGAACAACCCGAUAUCUCCGAAUCCAAAUCACCUGCUUUUGUUUUCGCUGCGAUUUCUGCUCCGAACACUCCAAGACUGGGCUGUGAUUUUGGCAUGGGCUCAACAGAAGAGGCCUCACCAUUUACAUUUACAAGCUCCUACUUCAGCGACAAGAAGUCACCAGGAUCUGGACCAAAGUUCUCAGGUUUCUUGUUCGAUGAAGGCGAGAGUCGACAGGAAGAGUUUUCAUUUUCAUUCAGCAAUGAUAACACACAGCAGAGCUCCUCAACACAGCCAACUACAGGACCUGAUGAUUCAUUUCCAUUCACAUUCAGCUUUGGAAAAUUAUAACCACGUAACUAUAAAUCUCUGUUUGUUAGAAAUCAUUUGAUUUGUCUGUUAGACUUUAUGUGUAAGUUAAUGAGUAGUUUCUUGGUAGAGUUUGUUUGUUUCAGGAAUAAUAACUUAUUUACAGUGUUACAGAGAAAACUAAAGAGCAACAUUUAGUAUGUUAUAUUAAAUGUUUGUAUAUCUAGUACUGCUAAUACAGAAAGAUUUCAAAAACAUCCAAUUUCAAUUCACACGUUUGUUUAAAUAUACCUUUUAUUAUAUGUUUUAAUAUAUGUACUGUAUAUUUAUUGUACAGUAAAUAACACCAAAUACUUUUUAUUGA